GUUGUAACCGCCAAAAAGUAAAAACCGAGACGAAGAAGAAUCAUCAUCAGAAGCAGCUGCAACAGUGGAGAGGUCACAUUCAAGCUCAUCCAUUUAGAUUAGAAUUCUACCAAAUAAAACCUCACAGUUGUUGCCACCAACAAGUGAAAUGGAGCAGAAAAAAGUUAAGCUGGAUGAAGAGGGUUUCUCCUGUUCCAUCUGUAUGGAUCUAAUGAAUGAUCCGGCAACUAUUGCCUGUGGACACAGUUACUGUAUGGAGUGUAUUAAAACCCACUGGGAUGAAGAGGAGAGAAGACGAUUCCCCAGCUGCCCCCAGUGUAGGGAAACCUUCACACCGAGGCCCGUCCUGGUUAAAAACGUCAUGUUAGCUGCUUUAGUGGACGAGCUGAAGAUGACCGGAGAGGCUGCUCCAGCUGCUCACCACUACGCUGGACCUGAAGAUGUGGCCUGUGAUGUUUGUCCUGUGAAGAAGCUGAAAGCCACCAAGUACUGUCUGGUCUGUUUGGCGUCGUAUUGUGAGAAACACCUCCAGCCUCAUCAUGAUGCUCCACCAUUACAGAAACACAAGCUGGUGGACCCCUCGCAGAAACUCCAAGAGCAAAUCUGCUCUGUUCAUAAUGAGGUGAUAAAGAUUUUCUGUCGUACUGAUCAGCGGAGUAUCUGUUAUCUCUGCUUAAUGAAUGAACAUAAAGGUCAUGAAACAGCCUCAGUUCCAACGGAAAGAGCUGAGAAGCAGAAGGAGCUGGAGGUGAGGCGAAAACAAAUCCAGCAGAGAAUCCAGGACGAAGAGAAAGAUGUGAAGCUGCUUCAACAGGAGGUGGAGGCCAUCAAUGGCUCCGCUGAUAAAGCAGUGGAGGACAGUGAGAAGAUCUUCACUGAGCUGAUCCGUCUCAUCCAGAAAAGAAGGUCUGAUGUGAAGCAGCAGAUCAGAUCCCAGCAGGAAACUGAAGUGACUCGAGUCAAAGAGCUUCAGGAUGAGCUGAAGCAGGAGAUCACUGAGCUGAAGUGGAAAGAUGCCAAGUUGGUGCAGCUCUCACACACAGAGGAUCACAACCAUUUUCUACACAAUUAUCCGACUGUGGCAGCACUCGGUGAAGCUCGGCGCUCGCCCUCCAUCACUGAUCGUCCUCUGACGUACUUUAAAAAUGUGACAGCAGCUGUGUCUAAGUGUGUAAGUAAACUACAGGGCAUCCUGACAGAGAAAUGGAAAAACAUCUCAUGGGCAAUCGUGGAAGCUGAUGUUUUACUUCCCCCAGCCGAGCCAAAAACCAGAGCUGAAUUCAUAAAAUGUUCAUGUGACGUCACUCUGGAUCCAGACACCGCAAACCCACAUCUCUCUUUAUCUGAGGGAAACAGAAAAGCCAAAUUAAUGGAACAACAGCUGUUUUACCCCGAUCAUCCAAACAGAUUCACCUCUUUUACUGAAGUCCUGAGCAGAGACCCACUGCCUGAUCGUUGUUACUUCGAGGUGGAAUGGAUAGGGAGCUCCAUCACAGUGGCAGUCACUUACAUAAACAUCACCCGACCCGGAAUGUCUUUAAAAUCCAUAUUUGGGUGCAAUGAGAUCUCCUGGGCAAUGGCUUGUGGCAAGGACUGCUAUGCAUUCUGGCACAAUGAUGUCAAACUUUCAAUCUUUGAGGCUCAGAGCUUCAGAAUCGGAGUUUAUGUUUAUCAGUCUCAAGGUAUUCUGUCUUUCUACAGCGUCUCUAAAAGCAGGAUGACUCUCCUCCACAGAGUCCAGACCACAUUCAGCCAGCCGCUCUAUGCUGGACUUCGCUUUUAUUACUCUUAUGGAGACACUGCAGAAUUCAUCAAACUCAAAUAGAAGUCAUUUUUAGGGACAACUGAUGCAUGAAUACUGAACGUAGUUUAUGCUGUGUACUAAAGUCAUUUUAAAAAAGAAACCACAACAGUUGCAUUGAGAUAAAAAAAAAAAUUCAGGACUGAUUAUUUCAUUCAGAGUAGUCGCUCUAAAUAUUCUUCACAGCUCUGAUGACGUUGACAUUAAAACCUAUAAAGAAUACAGGAUCCAUCGGACACUGAAAAACACUUGGAAAUUAAAAACUAACCAUAAAGUUGUUCUAUCGGAGAAUAUCACAAAACUUUAAAACUUGGAUACUUGUUUUUUCUUUACUAAAAUAAAGGUUAGUGGUUUGUGCUAACAGUUAUUUUUUUCCUUCACAUUUUAAAGCUGAU